UACAAUCGCCACCUUCCUCCAAUUGGGGAGCAACUUACCAACAAAGCGAAACGAAUCGAGGCUGUCGACUCUGCUGCUCAGCACUCAGCAAUGGCGUCCACACUUCUGAAGCGAACGAGCUUCUCCGCAAUGAAAUCAGUGGUCGGAGGCUUCCAAAUCGGAGCUCAAUCAAGAGCCUACGCGGCGGCUGCAGUCGGGACCGACUUAGUCUCCGCCGCACCCAAUGUUUCCCUCCAGAAAGCUCGCACCUGGGACGAUGGUGUCUCCUCCGACUUCGCCGCCACUCCUCUCAAAGACAUUUUCAAGGGCAAGAAAGUCGUCAUCUUUGGGCUUCCUGGUGCCUUCACCGGUGUUUGUUCUGCGCAACACGUGCCUAGUUACAAGAACCAAAUUGAUAAGUUUAAGGCCAAAGGGGUUGACUCUGUGAUUUGUGUAGCUGUGAAUGAUCCAUAUGUUAUGAAUGGCUGGGCAAACAACCUCGAAGCCAAGGAAGCUAUUGAGUUCUACGGGGACUUCGAUGGGAGCUUCCACAAAAGCUUGGAAUUGGAUAAAGAUCUCAGUGGUGCUUUGCUUGGACACCGCUCUCAAAGAUGGUCAGCUUAUGUGGUUGACGGGAAGGUGAAAACUCUAAAUGUGGAGGAAGUCCCAUCAGACUUCAAGGUUUCUGGCGGGGAUGUAAUUUUGGGACAGAUCUAGAGCUCUUAGUUUUUAUGACAAUUUACACACUGCUUGAUCUAUAUGAUGAGACAUGCCAUCCAUCUGCAUCCUUAAUAAUCGAGCUCUGUUGAGUUUAGUUUGUGAAUAAGGUUAUGAAGAAGCCUGAGUUUCGGCAUGAGAUAUCUCAGCUAGUUUGAAGUUUUCGCACGUUAUGGUUUUACGACUGGGGCAUGUCCCGCCAUUGGCUUUGUUUCCCAGUUCAUAUUUUACCCAAGAAUCCGACCAUAUUUUGCAAUCA